GGGGGGGGGGAGAUAGCAACACCAGGCUUCCCCAGAGCUCCCUCCCGCUCUUACCUCCGUCACUUUCCUCGCCAGCAGCCUGAUAACGCAGUUUUAGCGCUCAGAGAAAACUGUUGAAGAUGGGAGGUGCGGUGAGCGCAGGAGAAGAUAAUGAUGAAUUAAUUGAUAACCUGAAGGAGGCACAAUACAUCCGGACAGAACUGGUGGAGCAGGCGUUCCGAGCCAUUGAUCGAGCAGAUUACUACCUGGAGGAGUUCAAAGACAAUGCCUACAAGGACCUGGCGUGGAAGCAUGGAAAUAUUCAUCUCUCAGCACCGUGCAUUUACUCUGAGGUGAUGGAAGCUUUGGAUCUGCAACCAGGGCUGUCAUUUUUGAAUCUUGGCAGUGGCACUGGUUAUCUGAGUUCUAUGGUUGGACUCAUCUUGGGUCCUUUUGGCGUUAACCACGGUGUGGAGCUUCAUUCCGACGUGAUCGAAUAUGCGAAGCAGAAAUUGGACUUCUUCAUUAAAACAAGUGACAGCUUUGACAAAUUUGAAUUCUGUGAACCAUCUUUUGUUACCGGCAAUUGUUUAGAGAUUUCUCCAGACUGUACUCAGUAUGACCGUGUUUACUGUGGUGCUGGCGUGCAGAAGGAACAUGAAGAUUAUAUGAAGAAUCUGUUGAAAGUCGGGGGAAUUCUUGUCAUGCCUCUAGAAGAGAAGUUGACUAAGAUAACUCGUACUGGUCCUUCUGCCUGGGAGACCAAGAAGAUUCUUGCUGUUUCUUUUGCUCCUUUGAUUCAGCCUAACCACGCAGAUUCAGGAAAAUCAAGGCUCGUUCACUUGCCCCCAGUGGCUGUUCGCAGCCUCCAGGAUCUGGCUCGCAUAGCCAUCCGAGGAACCAUUAAAAAAAUUAUACACCAAGAAACAAUGAGCAAAAAUGGAAACGGGCUGAAGAACCCCCCAAGAUUUAAACGAAGACGUGUGCGUCGCCGUCGCAUGGAAACUAUUGUUUUCUUGGACAAAGAGGUCUUCGCAAGUCGUAUCUCCAACCCAUCAGAUGAUAACAACAACAGUGAGGAUAUCGAGGAUGAGGCACGAGACGAGGAAGAAACUAAACCCUCUGAACUAAAGCCAGAUCCCCCUGUAAACUUUUUGAGAGAAAAAGUCUUGAGUCUGCCUUUGCCUGAUCCCUUGAAAUAUUACCUGCUUUAUUACCGGGAAAAGUAAUUUCCUUCUUCUAGAAAGUGGGAAGUAGGCAGAAAAUAAAGUACUACUUAGGGCUUGACAAAUGUAUACCACUUGCUUGCCUGCUAAUAUGACCACCCAAGGCAGUAGGCUAGCUGGGGAAUGUGGCUGCUGUAUACUUAAACAUUAUAGCUUUUUUGGGUUUCUUCUUUCUUCUCAGUUGUGUGCUAUAGUUUUAUCCUACAGCAGGGAUUCCUUAGGAAGCAAGUUGGUGAAAUGCUCAGCUGCUUAUGGAAAGGAGGAUUUAAUUCCCUGAAACUAACUGCACAGAGAUACUCUAAAAAUCUCGUGGCUUCUCUACCGAAUUGCAGUUUUUAAAUAUUCUGAAGCAGUUCCCCAAAGACCUUUGCUGUCUGUGUGCUCUCCCACUAAACCUGCCAUGUGUCUACCCCGUGGUGUGUGUUUAAUGGAGGAUGAAGAUCAUUAGUAAAAACUGACCUGGCAAAUCUUAUUUCUUCCAGUAAUCUGAAAAAGCACAACUUUUACAGAAAGGAAAGAAUUUUUGGCAUUACCCUUGUGGCAUCCAGGUUUUGAAUGAGAAGGAAAGCAUCAGCUCCCCUUUGGUCGGUCUCAGUUUUACUUUAAAAUUUAUAUAUAUAAUUUUUCAGUAAAAGGCAAAAGUGUUUUACAGAAUACUGGUUUUCUUAAUGGGAAACACCUGUUCUAGUGAAUUAGUCUGAGAUGCAAAGCUGUGGUUUUGGGUUUUUGGGUGUUUUUUGGUUUUUUUAUUUUUUUAAAGCGAGGGAGGGAAGUGAAGAAUUGCAAAGCUGAUUAGCUUUGACAGGAUGCUAGGGUAGACUGUUGUCUGUGGAAAUGUUUACAGAGUAAUUCUGAAUGGGGAAGAGGGUAGAGAGGAGAUGCAGAGCGGUGAGUUUGUGAAAACUGGCUGUGAAAGCAGAAUCUGUGGAUUUUGCUGGUGUGUGAGAUAACUUAAUGUCUACUGGGCUGAAUGGAGUGAAUUGCAGAGCGCUAGCCUGAGUGGAGUGGCUUGUGUCCUGGUAAAUCAGCCAAAUAUAGUUUUGUGGAGAGUGUGUAGAACCUCAAAACAGUCUAGAAAACCAAAUUGAUGCAGGUUUUAGGUGUUCCUGUGUGUGUGCCUGUGCUGUGGCAAGGUGGCCGGAAUAUAACUUGUGUACACACGGUCCACAUACAGCAGGUGGAAUGAAGUUGAUCGUCUUGGUAGGUUAUUUUAUUCCUGCAACAAUUAAGUAGAUGAUUUAACAGGCUCAUACAGAAGGACUUGACACUGCAGUUCGGUGGAUGUGAGCUCUAAUUUUUAUUCCUGAGUCUUCCUGUAAUGGUGGUGGAAAGAGAUACCAUGUUUAGAAGGGGAAGUUUACUUGGAUCAGCCUGUUUGAAAAAUCUACCUGAACUGGUAAAGGCUGCAAAGAAACCCUUGAGCUUGUAUUGAUGUGAAAUACUCCUAAAGUUGGGAGGGGGGUGUGUUUGAUAAACCCCCUCUCAGUAGGUACUGAAGCUUUGUUAAGGCAUUGCCCCAUCAGAAGCGCUUAAGUUGGUAUCAUGGUGUUGGUAUCUUUUUUUUUUUUUUUUUUUAAUGAUGUUUCCUCAUUUUCUGAGGAGGAAUGAAUGAAGACUGUUUUGCCAAAAAUACGCUGGGUUUUCGGUUAAUGGUGCUGAGUUGCACAACUUGAUGAUAAAUACUCUUUUGAAGUUCUGUGUGGCUUUGGGAAAAAAAAAAAAGGUAACUCCUGUAUGUCUAAGCCCAAGUGGAGAACUCUUCCUUGCCUAAUAGGCUUUUUGAAUAUUUUUGAGAAUAUCAUCUGAUAAUACAGUGCCACGUGGCCACUGGCACGUACCAUGGUCGCAGGCUGUGUUUUGCCUCUGGUUUCCUAAAUAUUUGCUUCUGGUCUAAAUGGUACCCCAAGCUCUCUUACUCCUGCAGAUUUUUAUUUUUUUAUUUUAAAUGGGGCAGUUCUGUGGCCACUGAGCUGAUGGUUUCCUGUAAACGGUCAAGUACCCAUCUUCUAAUUCUGGCAACUACAAUGAGUUUCUUUCUACAAA